CCAGACGGCUGGUGUUUUGCCAUCAACUGGCAGUUAUUCCAAAAUAUUAUACAGUUUUUAGUUUCGAUUUAUGUACUUUCUGGCAAAACACAAGUGAAGGUGAAAAUUGUAUGGUCCUGGAAAGGAUCGGCAACUCGUUUAGUACCCAUCAUUUGGACAUGGCCCAGUACGGUGGCAACGCCAGCCCGGGAAAUUUGUUCUCCAGCAAAUUCACUGCCUUUCACGACACGGACAGUCUAGAGACUCGUCCUGGUAACAAAUACCGCCAGCGACACAUCAACGCCCAUCUGGAGGAGCAUCUGGUCAAGGAGAAGCGCAUCACCAAAUUCCCGCUGGUGGGAGCUUUGGUCCACAAGGCACUGCGGCGUCGGGAGGGGGCAAAGCACAAAGAGAACGAGGACGAAGAGGAGGAGAUCACAGAUCCGCAGAGAAAGCAGGAAGACAACAACAACAACGAGGAGUGGGAGCCAAACAGAAUGGUGCUACCGUUCGGACUUGGGCCCGAUGGCCAUCAUGUGGAUGCCAUUCAGAGUGCUCCGGCGCCCAGUGCCCCGCCCGCCCACAUGUUGCCACCCGCCUACUCCCGGGGUCAAACAAACAUAUACACAGGUGUACCCAUCAUCGUGAAUCCGUAUAUAGACUUCAUCGUGGUCAAUGGGGAUGAUCGCUACAUGAUCAGAUGCGAACGGAAAUCGGUGCUCGAGCGGAGCGUGGAGCUGGCCAAGCUGAUCCACGCCGGUCCAAACAGCGGUCGCAAGAGCGACAACCACUUCCAGAUACUCAACGUGGACAAGAAAGACUUCGAGCUGAUCGUCCGCUACAUGGAGAAGCAUUUCAUUCCCUAUCGCGAUCACAAGCACCUGCUCAAGAUACUCGAGCUAUCCGAUCGCUUCAACGUUCCAGAUCUGAUAAUCUACUGCAUUCGCGAACUCGAUCUCAGAAUCUCGAGCGCCACCGCACUGGACAUCUUCAAGGCGCUGUGGUUCUACCAGGGCAUCGCACUGACCAACCAGCACCAGACAGUGAUCACCACCCAGGAGACGGGCCAGCAGCUGGCCAGGAAGAAGGCGACCAAGGCGAAGGCGCAGGCCAAGCAGUUGGCCGCUGCCAAGGCCGCUCAGUCCACCGAAAACGGAGCGGAGGGCGAUGGUGCCCAGCUGAACCUCAUUCCGAAUCCAAAUCCCUUUACCACCGAAGAUUACGGCGUGGCACUGCUGCACAACACUCUCCAGCUGAUCGAUAUGCAUGCGGAGCUGCAGCUUUCGAUGCCGGAGAUCAGUGAUCUCAGGUUCGAGGAGCUGGAGACGCUGGUCAAGCGGGACACCUUGCAGCUCAGGUCGGAGGUCACACUGUUCGAGUGCCUGGCCACGUGGAGUCUGGCGGAGUGCGCCCGCAAGCACAUCGAUGCCACGCCGGAGAACCGACGCACUGUCCUCGGUCCUUUGUGCCUCACACCCCGUUACUUGCGUAUGACCGCCAGCGAAUUCCGGCGAUGCUGCGAACGCCUGGAGCUACUGCCACCCACUGAGAUAUCACUCAUCACCGACGCCCUCGAGGGCAAAAAGCUAAAGAACCUCACCGAUCAGCAGGCGGAGCUGCUGGAGAAGUUCCGCCAGCCGCGUGCCGAGUACGCCCGGAUGCCCGUGCACCUGAGCGACCGGAGCAGUCCGAAGAACUAUCCCAAGAAGAUGCGGCUGGCCCACGAGGGUCGACCCACGGAGGAGGGAUGCUGGGAGAAGGUGGGAAUGAACUGUCUGCGCAUCUUCGUCUGCAUAUUUGACUGAUCCGAGCAGUCCGAGGAGGAGGAGGAUGAGGAUGAAGACGAGGAGGAGGAUGAGGAUGAGGACGGGGAUGAUGGGGAUGGGGAUGGAUCCGAGGAGGGAAAUGGAAGUGGAAAUGGAAAUGGCGGGGGCAGAAAUCGACACAGAUACGACGGAGGAUGAGAUGACGAUCCCACAUAGACUUGUUGCAUUAAACGAAUAUUAGCGCUUAUGAAUUACUUAUACAUAGAGUUAACGAUUACGUUAGUCUUAUGGGGAUAAUGGCCAAUUACUGUGGCAGUGAUUUUAUAGCAGCCGUUUCUAACAAUACUAUAUAAUGUUAUUGAUAUACACGCAGAUAUAUAUAUAUGCGGUGUGUGUAGGUCGAACUAACUGUCGCCUGCAAA